UUAUUGGUGCUGGUUUGCAGCGCUUGGCUCUUGCUCCUCCACUUCGCGUUUGAAUCUGGCUCGCCCCUCCGUAUUAUGUCUGCAAUCCGAAGGAAAUUUGGGGACGAUUACCAGGUAGUGACCACCUCAUCGAGCAGCUCGGGCUUGCAGCCCCAGGGGCCAGGGCAGGGCCCGCAGCAGCAGCUUGUACCCAAGAAGAAGCGGCAGCGGUUCGUGGACAAGAACGGCCGGUGCAAUGUGCAGCACGGCAACCUGGGCAGCGAGACCAGCCGCUACCUCUCGGACCUCUUCACCACGCUGGUGGACCUCAAGUGGCGUUGGAACCUCUUCAUCUUCAUCCUCACCUACACUGUGGCCUGGCUCUUCAUGGCGUCCAUGUGGUGGGUGAUCGCUUAUACCCGGGGCGACCUGAACAAAGCCCACGUAGGCAAUUACACUCCUUGCGUGGCUAAUGUCUAUAACUUCCCCUCUGCCUUCCUCUUCUUCAUCGAGACCGAGGCCACCAUCGGCUAUGGCUACCGAUACAUCACGGACAAGUGCCCCGAGGGCAUCAUCCUUUUCCUCUUCCAGUCCAUCCUGGGCUCCAUCGUGGACGCCUUCCUCAUUGGCUGCAUGUUCAUCAAGAUGUCCCAGCCAAAGAAGCGCGCCGAGACCCUCAUGUUUAGUGAGCACGCGGUGAUCUCCAUGAGGGACGGAAAACUCACGCUCAUGUUUCGGGUGGGCAACCUGCGCAACAGCCACAUGGUCUCUGCGCAGAUCCGCUGCAAGCUGCUCAAAUCUCGGCAGACACCUGAGGGUGAGUUUCUUCCCCUUGACCAACUUGAACUGGAUGUAGGUUUUAGUACAGGGGCAGAUCAACUUUUUCUUGUGUCCCCUCUCACAAUUUGCCACGUGAUCGAUGCCAAAAGCCCCUUUUAUGACCUAUCCCAGCGAAGCAUGCAAACUGAACAAUUCGAGAUUGUCGUCAUCCUAGAAGGCAUUGUGGAAACCACUGGGAUGACUUGUCAAGCUCGAACAUCAUAUACUGAAGAUGAAGUUCUUUGGGGUCAUCGUUUUUUCCCUGUAAUUUCUUUAGAGGAAGGAUUCUUUAAAGUUGAUUACUCUCAGUUCCACGCAACAUUUGAAGUCCCCACCCCUCCAUACAGUGUGAAAGAGCAGGAGGAAAUGCUCCUCAUGUCCUCUCCUUUAAUAGCACCAGCCAUAACCAACAGCAAAGAGAGACACAAUUCUGUGGAGUGCUUAGAUGGACUAGAAGACAUUAGCACAAAACUUCCAUCUAAGCUGCAGAAAAUCACUGGAAGAGAAGACUUUCCCAAAAAACUCUUGAGGAUGAGUUCUACGACUUCAGAAAAAGCCUAUAGCUUGGGCGAUUUGCCCAUGAAACUUCAACGAAUAAGUUCAGUUCCUGGCAACUCUGAAGAAAAACUGGUAUCUAAAACCACCAAGAUGUUAUCUGAUCCCAUGAGCCAGUCUGUGGCCGAUUUGCCACCAAAGCUUCAAAAAAUAGCUGGAGGACCUGCCAGGAUGGAAGGGAAUCUUCCAGCCAAAUUACGAAAAAUGAACUCCGACCGCUUCACAUAACAAAGCACCCCAUUAGGCAUUAAUUAAUGUUUUGAUUUAGUAUUAGUCCAAUAUUUUGCUGAUGAGAUAAUCCUCCUUAUGAAAUCUGAAAGUUAUAUCCCCCCAGUCCAACAGCAUAUUUGAGAACUCUUCACUGGCAAGUAUUGUUACCGUUCAGAACAGAAAAUUUAUGAAGGGAAGACAUCAUAAGGAAGUUAACAAUGGGCAUGUAUUAUCACAUCAAGCAUGCAACAAUGUGCAAAUUUUGCAUUUAGUUUUAUGGCAUGAUUUAUAUAUGGCAUAUUUAUAUUGUAUAUUCUGGAAAAUAUAUAAAUAUAUAUUUGAAGUGGAGAUAUUCUCCCUAUCAUUUCUAAUAUAUAUAUUAAGCCAAACACGAGUGGAUAGCUUUCAGGGCGCUAAAACUACACACAUACAUACAUACAUACACACACACCCUCAUACACACACACACACACACACACACA